AUGCCUCCAAAAAUCGCAGUCAGUGACGAUGAAGAGUCAGCAGAGCUAUCCGAUAUUGGAGAAAGAUCAGACGAUGUGAGUGAUGUGCAGAAUUCUGAUGACAUGGAGUUGGGCGAUGGAGAAGACGAUGACACUGGAACUAAGGAGUAUGAGGAGCUCCAGAACGACUGGUAUACGCCAAAAGUACAUGCCAAUGAGCGCCGAACAAGAGGUUCUGCUUCUAGCAACAAUAAAAGAGAGACUCGCAAGAGGCAGUUGGCUAUGUACGACGAGGACGACCUUGAUGAGGAUCAGGAGGAGGAGGAAGAAGCUCUGGACGAGUACGUGGAGGAGCCGCCGAAAAAGAAGAUUUCCGUAAAGCUCAGGAUUCCCAAACGUUCAGCCACGUCCUCAAGGGCAAGUCGAUCGGAAUCUCCUUUGGACGAGGAUUUCUCAUACACCCCUACUACCCAGAAGCUUACUGAAAGACAACGAGCAAGGUUGGCUGAGGGCGAGAACGGCAGGAGAACUGAUGACACCAUGUUCCAGGAGAUGGAUGAGCAGCUUCUUGCGCUAAAUCGAAAGACACAAAAGAAGGCAGAAACAGCGGAGGAGGCUGCAAACAGGAAAGCUGAGAAUGCUCGUCGUAGAGCAGAUUAUAAAGUGAAGCAGCUUGAAGAGGAGAAGAGAGACACGUUGAACAAAUUACUCAAAAGAAGAGCGAUUAAGACGCGAGAAAAGGACGAUGACGAAACGGAUUCAAAGCAAACCUCUUUGAAGCCCAGACGACCUACCCUUCAACAUCCAGCAUUGAUCAGAUGGGUUUGCAAGCCAGAGAGCUCUGUUCUCGGUGUUUCAGAGUAA